AUGGGCGGUCGCCCUGUCUUUGGGAGCCUUGGGCACAAUUCCGCGGCCGCUCCGGCGGCGAACUUUGAGAUCAUCGAGAGGUAUCCGCACAGGACCGACUGCUUCACCGAGGGCCUCUCGGUGAACGGCACCGAUCCGGAGGUCUUCGAGUCCUGCGGCCUGACGGGGCGGAGCUACGUCCGGCGUUACGACCUGCGGAGCGGCGCCACCAAGCAGCAGGUGGGUCUCGAGGCCAAGUACUUUGGGGAGGGCGCGGUGCUCCACGGCGAGUCCCUGCUGGCGAGCCCGCCGCUUCGGGAGUUCGGAUCCGGCCUGGCCCAGGGGGUUUUCGUUCUUGGGGUCUAG